AUGACACGACAAAUGGAAAGAGCUGCUUCGCUGGUAGGAUGUUUCCUUACCGGUAUCGCGUGUGGUACCAUGUACCUCUACUCGGCUUUUGCUCCCCAGCUAGGGCUGCGGCUCGCUCUUAAUACGACUGACACGUCUAAAAUCGGCAUGAUUGGAAACCUCGGCAUGGCACUCAGUGGACCUUUUGCUGGUGUCGUUGUGGACAAGCACGGGUUCCAGGCGCCCAUUAUCAUCGGCGCUCUGUUCAUGGGCGGUGGUUACACUAUCAUACGGCUUUGCUACAUCAAUGUAGUGGCCUCCGUGCCUACUCUCGCGUGUGCCAUGGCUCUGGUCGGAACGGGAGGAACCUUUGGAUUUGCCAGCGCCAUGAAAUGUGCAGCUGUGAACUUCCCUAAUGCUCGCGGUGCUGCAACUAGUGUCCCCAUGGCAGCUUUUGGACUGUCUGCCUUCUUCUUCUCUACACUCUUUUCGACCUACUAUGAUGGCGUUACUCUCGACUUUCUUUUCGCUCUAGCCAUUAUCCCCACCAUCCUUCUUGCUAUUGGUAUCAUUACCGUGCGCCCCUUGCCUCCAGCUUUUCACUCAAGGGGUACCUCUGGUAUCGAAAUGCACACUCGUAUCUCUCAGCCUACCAGCCCUCAAAGCCCCAGGUCCAAGGAGGCAGAUGCUGAUAUCAAGAAAAGCAGCGCAACAUCCAAUAAUGUGGAUAUUUAUGGAUUGAAAUUGAUCAUGAAUAGCCAAUUCUGGAAACAUUUCGUGAUCAUGGGGUUCAUUGCAGGCAUUGGACAGAUGUUCAUUUAUUCGUGUGGGUUCAGCGUCAAGGCGCUACAGUUCCAGUCAAAGACCGUGGCUGGAGCCCACGAUUCGGAGCAGUUGCAGUCUCUACAGGUGGGUGCCAUUUCCAUUGCCUCGUUCCUAGGUCGAAUUGGAUCAGGGUACUUGUGUGAUUUGGCUGCUAGCAAGUCCCACCCGCGAUCAUUAUUGUUGAUUGCAUCUACCGCAGCCUCUGUGAUGGGUCAGAUUGGAGCUCUGAGUGUCAAUGAAGUUCACAACUUUUGGAUGGUAUCUGCGUUAUCGGGUCUUGCCUAUGGUAUCUGCUUUGGUUCAUACCCCACCAUUUUGGCUGACUCGUAUGGCAUGAAGCACUUCAGCCAGAACUGGGGACUGCUGUCGCUAGCCCCCAUCGUCCCAUCUUACUGCCUCAACUUGUGGUACGGCAAGGUUUAUGAUUCGCAUUCCAUCGUCACCGAACGAGGAGCUCGGAUCUGUACACUUGGCGCCGCAUGUUAUCAUGAAGCGUUCCAGUUGUCGUUUGUAUGCGUGGCUGGAGUUGCAUGCGUCGUGCUGUGGCUGGUAUACAGGGAGUACCGCCAGUAG